UGGCUCCCGACAAUCGUACCAAUCGUAUUUGCGAUUCAUCAAUGGUUCUUGUCACAACCUUUGAAGUUACCUCGAGGAUUUUGAAAUGGUGUGCACUUUCUGGGCAUUGAAGCCACAAUGGAUAGAUGCUUAUUCUCCGUCCAUAAAGGCAAGUAAAAUCCCUAAUAGCAUGGUCCGCAUCUUGAGCUAUUCCCAUGUCACAAUACAUAAUGUGUGGUGAUGUCUUCUUCUACGUCUCAAAGAAGGUCUAGAGGGUCUGAUCUAUGGAGCGAGUGGAAACUGAAUAAUAAAACGCAAAAGUGGGAAUCAUUUCGCACUAAUGCUAGGGGUAAGAAGGAAUGGAGGUACAGUUCUGUUCAGUCUACUUCUGGCGCAUCCGCUGGUUCAAAUGUCCCGAGGUUUGAUGAUACCUCCCCGCUGGAACCAGUUUCUGCAACUACUACUCAAUAUUCAGUGGAUCGCAACUACACUACAGGCAACAACGAUGUUGGAUCUUUAACCAAUUCAAUGGCGGCGACUACUUUGACUUCAAUAGCCAAUGUAGAUCCACCUAUUGUGGCCAAGCUUGAAAUAGCCAACACCUCCACUGAGCAUACGGACUUUGAUCCAAGUGAGUGUCUUCAAUGCCGAAGAUGUAUUUAGCCACUAAAUUAUGAUAGACUAUAAAGUGCACCAAAAACGAGAAUUUAAGUUUGGGAGAGUAGGUUUUUGUUCUCAUCACCAAUUUAUCAAACUGCACACUAACUUGAGCAGGUCUUCAAGGUCCUUUGGUCUGAACCGUCUGGUGAAGCCCGUGGAGGGACCAUGACGUCGGUCAGACGACAGAAGCAUGGCGAAGAUUUGUAUGCAAAAGUUCGGAGGUUUGUUAUCAUAGAUCACAGACGAGGUCACUGUCUUUGCUUGUAGGUAUUUAUUUUCAUCCCUCCUCAUGCUCUUGUGAUAUUACUAACAGUGAAGUCAGGCCGAUCAUGUCUUACAGAAAGAGGGGGACAACUAAACCCGGAGUACAUCCUGAAGAGCAUGCCAUAAUUUACACCACACCAUACCCGAAAUUGGUUGAAGGCGAGGACGGUAAUAAAAUGGUGUAUCGGCCUAUCAAAGUGAUACCAGACAACACAAGACAUCACCUGGAAGCGUCGUCAAGACUUAAUUAUCGUAAAGUCUGUUCUGUGGAAUAUAAUGUUAAGGUUUGGUUCAUCGGUCAUGUCCAUCAAGAUUUCGAAAAGACGGUAGCAAGAUCUUAUAAUGAAGCUAACCCACCAUUGCGUCUAUCAACUCCACCAUCUGCAUCAGGCUCAUACACAGAGAAUAAUCCAACCUACAGCAAUUCUCCUCGUGCUAUGGCAGGCAAUUCUUCAAAUAUCACUGGCUAUCCCACCUUCUCAAAUCAGCCUAAUAUCCCGUCCUAUGGCAACACUACGUCCCAGUCAACACCUUCUUAUGGGACAGGACACAACACGGGUUCCAGUAGUUCCAAUUUGGAUGGUGGAUACAGUGCUGCGAGGCAAAACCUCCCAACACAGUACACUCCAUCAUCGUACCCACCAUCGCAGCAUCCUCCCUCACAAUAUCCCCCGUCGCAAUAUUCUCUGUCACAAUAUCACCCGUCGCAAUAUCCCCCGUCCCAACAUCCCUCCUCGCAAUAUCCCUCCUCGCAAUAUCCCUCCUCGCAAUAUCCCCGUCGCAAUAUCCCCGUCGCAAUAUCCCCGUCGCAACAUCCCCGUCGCAACAUCCCUCCUCGCAACAUCCCCUCGCAAUAUUCCACCUCGCAAUAUCCCCCCUCUCAAUAUUCCCAAUACCCCUCAUAUACGCCUCAUACCAACCAGCAAUACUACAAUCUGCAGUCCAAUCAUAGGUACGGUAGCGGGGAUGUCGAUGAUCCAACGCGCUAUUUCGAUGACCAGAGCUAAUUAGCAACUUGUGAGUCCAUUUAGCGAAAAGUAAUUUUUAGCUAACAGGUCUAGGCUUUCUCGAUUGUCAUACGUUCAGGGUCCACUCGGUUUACCCCUUAGUGCCAUUUUUUGCAGGCCAAGCUUGAUGAUGGCGCGCCCUCGUCGGAUCUUCCAAGGAUUUAUUUUUCUAUUUGAAUUUGAUAUGAGUUUUGCGUAUUUAUUUCUCGUUUCUUUUUCAUGAGUAACGAAGUCACGAUCGAUAUCAAGACAUUUCAGCAACAGUGUCAAGGCUUUAUGCCUAUGCUUUGUUUUUUCCCUAACUUUUUUUUUUGUUUUCUUUGGAUAUCCGGAAAUAUGUUCCCUUCUACUGGUUCCAGAUUCUGUAUAUAUAUCAUCUCUUCUGCUGGUUCCAAGUCCCAAAUCCUUUUCCGUCAAUUCUAUUCUCUCAGCUGGGAUCUGAUUUCGAGUAUUGAUAACGAGGUUACGAAAGUUUAUUUUCACGUUUGUUUAUAUUCACUUUAUCUCUGUCCCUGCCAGCGAUCAAUUUUCCUGCAGUCACUUGUUCAUACAUCAAACUGUUACAAUUUAUGGCUUUAUAUCUGCA